CACCGCCGGGCUUAAUGAGCUGACAGCGGCACAGACCAGGAUGCAGCCCAUCGCAGCGAAUAAAGGAGCGAGCUAGCGAGCGAGUGAGCGGGGAAGCGUACAGCACUGUGGGUAAAUGGGGCUACCACGACCAAUAGACAGACGAGCAGACUCGUACCAUCAUAGCGAUCAGCACAUCCGAUAUUCUUUCGAGACUGCUCAGUUGCACUACCAAGCCUGCAGAGAUUGCAUGCCCAAUGCGAUUGAUCAGGAACUCGUCAUGAGUCCAGCGAUCGAAUUGCAUACGAGCUUGCGACGACUUCCAUGCCGAGCAUCGUCGUUGCUCAACGUCGCGACCCCGUUCGACAGACUCUUCACACGGCAGGCAGGACGGCCAGCUCAUUGCUGUCCCCGCUCUCGGUGGGCAUUGCCCACUGACCCUGCCGCUCCAGGCGUACCGGUUACUACCGCAGCUGUGCGUCUCACUUGUGAUUGCUCCAGAUCAGACGCACUGCCACCUGGUGAGCUUCGACUGUGGAUCGCGCCCUCUCGGCCUGCCUCAGCUCAUUGGCACCCUCAAAGAUCCCCCCGGUACUCGGCUAGAUUUCACGACAUCGUGUGGGCUUGCUCCGCCAACCGUCCAGAGCUGAAUCGCGCAUCCUGCAGGUGCCCUCGGAGAAGGUCAUUCAACGAUUGCCAGAGGGGCGAGCCAAGCAUGCUCCUUGAAGGAGGGAUUGUGAGCGCUUGGCUCGCAGUGAAAUCGUAGGCGUAGCUUCAUCAUCACAUCACGACAAUGUUGCCUCAUGCGAGAAUGAUGGCACAAUGCCGCCAUCCUUGCUGCGGAGAAUGACACGGCUUCUUGCAACCUCGUCCGGACUCCCUCCUUGUCAGCCUGAGACGACCUUCAUACGCGCGUUGGACC